GUUGUUGCCUGAAGUGUCGCUACCUGCUGCUACCUUCCCCAUCCUUUCCCGCCCGUGGUACAGUCACUCUCCCAUUCCCCUUUCCAAGCUAGUUUUAGGCAGUUUAUGAAUAGUGGUAGUGGGUAGCAAGCGCGGUAUCGAAUUUAUUCUAUUUGUCUCCGUCUGUCUGGCCAGAUCAGUAGUCGGGGCGUCCAGACUUGUCCCGUCCCUUUCCUCGUUCAAGAAAAAAAAAAAAAAAAAAAGGAGAAAAAAAGGUGGGAAGUAGGGUGGUCGGGUCAGUAAGGCAUGUCUUUAUUCAAAAGGCAAUAAUCACCUCGUGGUUAGUCUCACAGAUUAGAUAGAGGAGACGUGUGCGGCAGCAGCAUAGACGGAAUUGGUCUGUUCCGUGGUGCAAUUGAAUGCCUCGUCAUCACGUCGCAUUUUUUUCGUCUGCGGAUUGAUGUGACCGCCAAACUAGAAGCAGACUGGACCGGUCUCGGUUGCAGAAAAAAUAUUCACAACACCGCAGGGCAUUACCAGGUUGUGAAUCAAUCUUGUUCAACUCUCUGAGCCAUGACAUCACUUCAAGGAGGAUCUUGCAGUCCAUCUGGGGCUGCGUCUCCUCCGUUAGUUGGACCAUCACCACCAGUGACACCGGCCGUCACCCAAAUCAUUCAACAAGAAUUGCCCACGUCUUCUUCCACUUCUUCUCCGCAACAACAACAACAACCUAAACAUCAUCAGCCUUAUCAUCAUCAUCACCAUCAUCAUCAAGAUGUCAUCAUGAGUGGAUCAGUGACGCCUCCAUUACCAUCGACGUCGUCUCAGCAGAAGCAACAACAGCAGCAACAGCACUCACCUGGUGGGGCAUCCACGACCACAUCGACGCCUUCAUCGACGUCGUCGGCCAAAGGAGCUGGAUCGUCCGGAUCGGCUACAACAGCCACGACGGGAACGACAACGACGGGAGCGGCUGCCGGAACGACGACGACACCAGCGGUGAGGAAUAAGCGCCAAGAGUUAAGUUUUGCCGAACGGAUUCAGGUCAUCCAGGCCCGAACAUGCGGCAAGAGCAUGCGCCAAUUGGCGUUGCAAUUCGGAUGCGGCAAGACGCAGAUCCUCAACAUUUUAGGCCAACGCGAUUCCUAUUUGAGAGAAUGGGACGAGAAACAAGCGGAAUCCAACCCGCACAUCAGCGCGCGCAAAAGGCGAUCGAGGCGGACGGGCAACGAAGAAACCAACCAAAAAGUGUGGGAUUGGUACAACAGACAAAAGAAUCUCGGCAUCAAAGUCACUGGGCCUAUGCUCCAGCGUGAGGCUAGAAGCAUCGCCCGUGGUUUGAAUAUUCCUAAUUUUGCCGCUUCCAAUGGAUGGCUCGACAGUUUCCGGCGACUUCACAACAUCGGCCCGCAAUCAAAAGGGACGUCAGAUCGUAAAAGUGGAUCAUCUUCAGCAGUUAGUGGAGGUGGUGGCGUACAUCAAGGGUCAUCAACCCCAGAGCCUCAUCCUGCAGCGUAUGGUUCCGUGUCGGUGGCGGUCGCUUCACCUUCCGGUAGCGCUGGGCCCUCGUACGUUUCGCACCAUCCGGCAAAUGAACCAUCGCAGUCUUCUUCGGCCACACAACAACAAUUGCUGCCUCCUCCACCGCUGGAAGCAUUUGGCUAUCCGGUCCAUCCCGCCGGCUAUUACCACCACCACCGGCGCGAGGAAGAGGAAGAAGAAGCCGAAGAUGAAGAAGAAGAAGAAGAUGAUAGAGAUAUCGUUGGUCCGCAGCAUCAGCGCGGUCACGUGUCGAUGCAACAACGUCCCGAGACGGAAUUGGGCAAAAGUUUUUCGCUCAUGGCCAACUUUCCAGAUGCGUCCGCCAGCGCAGGAGGAUCGUCUGCUCACCAUCCACCCGUAAGCCCUUCAGCCUUCCAUGCAGCGCAUUCGUCUUCUUCGAUGGAUGAUUUCCAUCAACAUCAUCAACGUGCUAGUAGUUAUGCUGAUCCUUACGACCGCAUGCAUCACCAUUCGUCCAGCAGCAGCAACAGCCUGGCCUUUUCACCCACCGAGCUCUACAGUCCGACACACCGGCAUAGCGGAGGCCAGCAGCUCCAGUCACCCGUGGCUAGUCAUCAUCGAGGCAAUAAUGGAUCCCGUUCCAUGGAUCCUGUUGCGAGGGAUACCCGCCAAAUGGCUGGCGCUAAUCUCACUUCUCCCACCUUUCAUCAACCGGCUUCGAGCAGCAUGUUUUCGGUUGCUCUUAUUCCAACUACGACAGCAUUUCAGCAACCAUCACUGGACCCUUCACGAUCCAUUAUUCAAGACGGCCGGACAGUACGAGGAACUGGAGGAGGAAUAGUGGUCGAACAACAACCGCAACGACGUUCUGUGUUGGUGUCGACUCGAGCUGCCGCUGCCGCCGCCGCUGCUGCCGCGUUGCAGAACCAACAACAACCGACCAACGAAGAGAAAGAACUGGCCAGCACAUCUGUACCGGGGCUAGAACCUCUCCCGCCAGGAUUAUUUGGCGUUUUGCUGACCAUGGUGCGAUCGUACGGUUUGUCGUGUUUGGAAUAUGCGGACGAUCGGGGCGACAUUUGGCUAGAAAUCAAACCACCGUCGUUUGCCACCUUCCGAGUGCCAUCUUUUGGCUAUCGCACGCACUUGAUGAGGCUACUCGUUAAUCACCAUUUGUCGUUUUGGUUCGAAGUACUCGGCCACUGCAUGCGCAACGGAUCUUUCCGCUCACUCACUUGCGGUGGCAUCGAUCCGGAAGUUGUCAAACCCAUUCUGAAUUUAUUAAACGGUGGCGUCACCGUCUGCCACGGACGUGGCACCUACAUCAAACAAAUUGAAAAUUUCCGUCCCAAAGAUGCAUUGGAAGAGGGACUGCUUAGCCGGAAUUAUUUCACUUUUCCGGAUUAUCGCUAUCGGUCGUUCGAUUGUACCCGGUUAAUUGACGCCAGCACCGGUGCCACCCAAUGCAACGCUUGCCUGCAGCCGCACGAUACAGCUCAGCCCGAAUCUCCGGCGGAUGGUAUCCGCACUUCAUCCGCUCUGCGAUUUCAGCAACAGCCACCGAGGCAAGAGGGAAUGCAACAACGUCAGCCAGAGGAACAACCAGAACAACAUCAGAGGCAACAACCAAAACCGCAACAUCGACAACAUGUUGCAAACGAACCUCUGAAUUUGAGUCUACAUGAUCCAUCGGUGAAGCAACAUCUGGCCGUUGCUUCACCGGAAAUGGGCAAAACGACGGCUGGUUUUCUUCUAGUUUCUCCCGAUGAGUUCCCGUCUAUACGAGCCACCGUUUACUCGGCCGAUCAACGUCUUCUUCUGGCAUCGCCUUCCGUCCUCGCUCUACAAUCAUCUCCCGUACAACCCCUGCAGCGAAAAUCAACGCCGUCCAUUACCACGAUACAGCACCAUCACCAUCAUCAUUAUUACAACCGUGUAGGUGGGCCGAUCACGAAGAAACCUUUGGACCAGAAUCCGGACGAUUACCGGCUGGCCAAAGAGGCGGCCUUUUUGAGUUUGACCAACGAACGCGAUCGGCCAUUGGCUGCGGCAGAUCGCAACUGGCAUCACGUCGCCUCCACCACAGCCAAUGGCGACAAUAUGUGUUCCAAAUUUGACUCGAGGCUACAACAAGCCCGAACGAUACAAGAAGUUGAUUUGGCAUCGGAAGAUUCUGCAAUUUCAAGCCGAUUGGAUCAAACAGGAGACGGGUGUGCUGGAUACUCCUCAAAGCGGCAACGGGACGAGCUGAUAAACACGAAGCUGUGUUUAUAAAAGACGUGCUAGUGUGCUACUACGAGUGUGCUCGAUCAGUUUGAACAAGUUUGAAAAAAGGUUUACAAAAAUGAAGAAAAAUCACAUGUAUCUAUGAUCUCCAUCUCAGGGAAUUUGUUUUGUGUCAAUUAUUAAGAAGUCAAUUAUUGGGGAUUAGACAAAUAGUCUAAUUUUGCUCGUUUUUGAUAAUUGUGUCAUUUUCUUUUUGUUCUACUUUUGAUUUGUUUUGCAUCUUUUCUUUUUCUUUUUUUCUUUCCUCUUCUAAAUACUGUCGUUUUUGUAUCAGUAUGAUUUUGUCUUCAUCCCGCCACAACUUUACCAACGUCUGGCAAAACUCAAAUUUAAAAGCUGUACCUUAAUAUUCCCUACCCUUUUUAUAUGCAAUUGAACUGAAAUUCUGGAAAAACAAAACAAAAUGGGACGCAUUUCAGUUUUCUCACUCUUCCAUUUGGAACGCUAUCCCACCCAGAUCAGAAUUCCAGGUAGAAUAAAAAACAAAAUAGAAUUUGCAAAUACAACGAACUGAGAGCACCUACAAUCUUAA